CGCAUCAAUUGGCGGAACCGUGUUCGCUGUUCAGGCAGUCCGACUCACUGCGCCACUUACUUUCGCUUUUUUUUCUUUCUUUUUUUGUCCUUUUUUUUUUUCCGCUUAGGGACUGAAAAAAAAAGUAAAACAAAAAAACAAAACAAAAAUAGUUUAGAGAGAAUUAAUCAGAUUUGACUGAACUGACAGCAGGUGUGAAUUCAUGUCUGUAUUUCCAGCGCAGAUAUUCUGCCCAGUGUUUGUGCCCGUCCCAGAUAUGACUGAGGUGAUGAGCAACCCCCCCAUGGAGGAUAUGAUGCUCAGCCCAAGCAAGGACAGACUCUCCUUCCAGAUAUUUCCGGACCCCUCAGAUUUCGACCGCUGCUGUAAGCUUAAAGAUCGCCUCCCGUCCAUCGUGGUUGAGCCGACAGAAGGAGAAGUGGAGAGCGGAGAGCUUCGCUGGCCUCCAGAGGAGUUUCUUUUGAGCCAGAAGGAGGAAGAGGAUGAAGAGGAGCAAAACGAUUGCAGCAUGCAAAAUGGACAGCCAGCACAGAAUUCCCAGCACUAGAGGCUGGGUGGUUCAGCACCAUGUUCACUUUGCUCUUUGGUUCUGAGGGACAGUAUUUUUCACACACUGGUCACACUUCACUGGAGCACUCCAGCACAUUCAACUGACACGUCCAGUGUCUCGUGAUGCUAUCCCUUUACCCAUAACAAACGCACACAGCCAUCAAAACUAAAACAAAAAAUAAAAUAAGCAAAAAAAACAACUCACUGCUUAGUACACAGAAUACCUUCAUUCUGCGUGGAAACAUCACCAAAAUGGUGGAUAAAGUCUCUAUCCCUCGCCUACUUCCUCGCGUGUCCAUCAACACUUGUAAAGUCAAAGCUGAUGCCCUGCUCAAGAGCAGCAGGUUAGUGCUUUAUGAAGAAACCCAAGUGACCCUGCUGCUCUGACUCCCAAAUGGCCGGCAUCAUGACCCCAGAGUCUUUAUACCCGUGUGCAGAGCAAUUGUGGUACCUGUGGGAAGUUAUUGUGCAGUGCACUGUUUUUAUUAUUGCUAUGAUUAUUAUUGCCACUGCUGUCUAUAGAUUUGUGUCCUUGAUGUGAAUGUUGGUCGUCCUUGAGAAGUGGAUGUAUUGUGAAAAGGAAAAAAAAAGUGAAUUGGUUUGUUUUUUCUGCACAGGAUUUGCCUACGAUUUACCUUUGUAAACUUAUUUGUUGGUAAAUUAAAGAAAAUCGAAAGAUGAAAGGUGUAACUGAUUUGCUUUGCAGGCUUGGUGUGCACUGAAACCAGAGUUAUGCUAUUAAAUCUGUCAUAUUGGCCUCCAAGAAGCAGAGCUUGGAUGACAAAGCAAAAAUGUUCAUGGAGGAGUUUUUUUGUUGUUUUGUUUUUUUUUUUUUUGUGGGAAGGGGUGCGAGCACUUGAUAGAUCAAUGUACAGAGCCAAUGAAGGAUGUGCAAAUACAUGUUCUUAGUAAGCCAAACAGAUGCUUGGUGGUGUGAUAACUUUGCCGUCUUUUCUAGUCUUCCUCUUUUUAAAAGCAGCCAUACUUUUGAUGCCAUACUGUUCUGAUUCACAUAAAAAUUUGGCAAUACCUGAAGCAGUACUUUUCAUUCACUGUUAUGACUAUUUACCAGAAGGUGUUUGGAAGUUUCUGUCCGUGUUCGUGUGUGUGUGGCUGUAAUUUACAAAUGACUUGUUUUCCAGGAGUCAUAAGUUUGCAGUUAAAACCAGGUUAGAGGAAAAGAUUUUAUUUUAUUUUUUUUGUGGAGAGUGAUGUUACUGUUGAGGAAGCAUGACUAAUGUUUGUCUCUUCAAUCUUUCUCAUGUGAGUGGCAUUAGGGCUGUAUACAGAACAUCUUUGUCAUGUCACGUCUCCUACAGGUCCCCGCAUUGUCUUUGUAAGCUCAGGGAGAUUAGCCGCCAUCUUAUCCUUGGUGUUAUUUUCUCUUUUUUUUUUUUUCUUUUUGUAUCUAGACCACUUUUCUCAUUAAUUAUUCCAAAUAUUGUAAAUAAAGAAAUUGAAUUUGCUAUA